UCUUUCAGUUUGCUGCCUGAGGUUGUAUUAUAUCCUUAGUCACCAUGCUUGUUCUUAAAAGUUUUUUGUCACUAUUUUUCCUGUUUUUUUCAAGUUCAUAUGCUCUGUAUGGCUAUGCUGUGGUCCGCUGCCAGUUCACCUCCACCCGUGAUUUGGUGUAUCUGGAGCAAUUCUACUUUAACAAGGUCUUGCUGGGCCAGUACAACAGCACGCUGGGAAAGUAUGUUGGCUACAGCAAAAAAGCAAAGGAAAUUGCAGAUGAUCUCAACAAAAGCUUACGCAUUCUGGCGCAAGCGAAGAAGAAUGAAGAGAAAUGCCGAAAUAACAUCGAACCACUCUUAAAUCUAACAAAUCCAGUUGAACCCUCUGUCAGGGUGAGGCAGGUUGAGAUACGGGACAGUAACCAGAACACGUUCUCAUGCAGUGGGUACGGCUUUUAUCCCAAACAAAUUAAUCUUACAUGGCUGAGGGAUGGAAGGAAGGUGACAGAUGGUGUGACAUACUCGGACGUGCUGUCCAGUGGAAACUGGCUCUACCAGAUCCACUCCUACCUGGAAUUCACCAACAUACCUGGAGAGAAAAUUGCCUGUCAGGUGGAGCAUGCCAGCCUCAAGGAGCCAAAGAAUUAUUACUGGGAGCCAAUGGGUGAGGCUAAAUGGAACAAGAUCGCUGUUGGGACAUCAGGGCUGCUGGUUGGUCUGGUGGUUUUUCUUGCUGGACUGAUAAUGACUCUCUGUAGGAGCAGCACUAAUGGUCGGGUGUUGGUGUCGACCGUGUCGACGGAUUAAAAUGCCUUCCAUUUAAGGUGAAGCAUUCAUCGCUCCUUGCAUUUUCUAAACCUGUUACAUCCUAGUCAAAGGAAAGGUCACUCACAUUAACUUAUGUCAUUUGUAUGUCAUUGUUAUAUAUCAUAUCAUAUGCCCAUUUUAUUUACCACUGUGGUUCCCAGCAUGAGGGAAACUCUAGAUCUUCUAUCCAUCAUGCUGGCAGCAAAGGUACGGUUUAAAUGAGAAAGAGGACUUUUCCUGUACACAUUGGCAAAGGCUCUUCUUCUGCAUCUCCAUAGUGAAAAUAGCAUGGAGCCCACUAUAGAACCGGGAAGUAAUUGAGCAUUUACAGAUCUGUCCAAAAAUUCAUAAAAUAUGUUGAAAUCACUGCUAAAGACUCUUCUCUGCACCAUUGCUUUAAAUUUUGUGUAGAGUAUGACACCCAAACACACCGGGAUGUAAUGGUCCUCUAUUUUGCUGCUAUUCUUAUGUUGUUGUUGUUUAAACACUGCCUUACUGUUUUUUAAUUCUGAUUUUUAUUUGAUUGCAAAGCUCUUUAGUUAGUUUAGUUGUUUUUUUGAUGCUCUAAAUAAUUUGACCUUCACCUUGUUCAGCGCUGCUGGACCCUAUCCAACUGUCAUAAGAUAAGAGACAUGGUAUACUUGUAUCUUGGGAAGGGUCAUCAGCCCAUCAAAGGACUACAGAGAGACACAGUUGUACUCUCACACUCUUAUGGAAAAUUUUAAAUAGUAAAUUUACUUUGGACUAGGGAAGGAAGCUGCAGUAACUAGGGAAAACCCACAUAGGCAAUGGGGAAACACCUCCAGAUGGGAUUCAGGCUUAUGCUGUAAGGAAACAGUGCUAACCACCACACCACCCUCCGACUUUGGAUUAAAUAUUUAUCAUCGAACUAAAAAGUGAAAUGAUCAGAAAAUUGGAUGGUCCAGGCACAAAGGUAGUGAAAUAGGCAAAUGCAGGUUGGUAUGCUGCAUAUACUGUAUGUAUGCAGCAUACCAUAUGUUGCAUACAUAUAUGCCUCUGAUUUGUGAAGCAAUAUCUACUGUAAUAAUAUUCUAAUCAAACUCUCCGUGAAUCCUCUACAAGCCAAACAUCUGGUAAUGGUAAUCCAGAAAAGCUCAAACAAACGGGGGUUUGAGGCACAUAUGUUUUGUGGGUAGCUGAAUUUCACAAUGACUUAAGAUUUAUUUAUUUCAUGAAAUUGAUUUUAAAUUGAAGAAUGAGGUGUGAAGGACCAAUUGCCCUAAUUUGGUCAUUUCUUUAUUCGAUUACUUCUCUUAUACAAAUAUUUAUGAUUUACAUUAUUUUUAGCACCUGUCUUUAAUGUAAACGAUGACAGAAACUUUAUUUUGAAAAGGACUUUUAUUUUGAAUAUUCGGACAGGAUAUCCUCCUUUUUGUUGGUAUUUGCUGCUGCAGCUGCUGCGUAUGUAUGUGCAGGUGCUUUACUAAAGGGGCGGAGAUUUCAACUGAUUUUUUUUUUUAUAGUGCCUCAGUUAGAGAGGAAAAGAUAAUGUUAUCAAUGAAUACGUUUGUAAAUAUUUGAUUGAAGUGUGUUGUAAAAUGAAUAUAUGUUUACUGCAGCUCUUAUGGUGCGAAGGAACUUAAUAAACUCCUGAACAUCA